CUGGCGGUACGGGGCAGGACGCCCAACGUGUCCGCGCUGAAAGAGGAAGUCUCCAACCACGGACGCGUUGUCGUCGGCAAGGCAUAUGCCGACUGGGUUUCCCGCGCACCCGAACUCAAGGGAGCCAGUCAGUUCAUCCUUGACCCGCCGUCAUUGUACGCAGCAGGCAUCGAGCCGGUAUACGUGCCCACGCGUUUGCCCCUGCGCGGAUCCUACCAGUCCGGUCGCACCGUCAGCGUCAAAAACAGCGUCGACGUGAAAAUGACCGCGGACUGCAUCGACACUGCGCACAACUUUCCCAACAUAAACACGUUCGUCCUCGUGUCCGGGGACUCCGACUUCAUCCACGUCAUCAACUCCCUGCGCGCGGUCGGCAAACGCGUUCUCGUGGUUGGCGUGUCCUGGGCCACCUCCCGGCGCAUGGCCGACCAUGUCGACGGGCUGAUUUUUUACGACGCUGACGUCGACCCGAUUGACGCUGAGGAACCCGAAUCGGCUUUCCAGCGCGCUCCGGCGCAACGCGGCCGCCCACAGCCGGCCGCCACCCUGACCAACCCGGGCCGCCACCAAUUGCCCGAGGUAAUCCGCGCGAUUGAAGACGUGAUCCGAACGGAGCGGGCCGCCGGCCAUACGCUGCUCCUCACGUCCCUCAAGCAGCGUUUGGUGCGCCGCAUCGCCGGUUUCGACGAGCGCAAGCUCGGCUUCUCGGGUUUCAAGAAGCUCAUGCUGCGCGUGGCCGAAGAGGGCAAAAUCAAGAUACGCAGCGUGGAUCUCGUGGACUGGAUCCUGAUGGCCGACGAGCCCGAUCCCGAACCGGUGGCCAGGGACGAUGACGACGUUGAUCUGGAUGCUGACGAGACCUACCGGGACGAAGACGCCGCGGAAGAUGUGACCCGUGACGAAGUCGGUGAGAUGCGUUACCGAUCGUACGAAACUGCGGACGAUAAUUUCGAUGACGAGGCUGAGACCGACCGGUCAGACGCCCGGAUGACUGCGCCGGCACAGACCGACGUGCCAACCCAGGUUGCCCCGGCCGCCGCCGUUCCCGACGAGUCCGAGCUGGAACAAUCCCGACUGGACCAAUCCCUCGUCGAUGCCAUCGCCGCCAUGGACCUUCCCGACUCCGGCGACCCCGAGGGCGACGCUUCCCGCAUCGCGGACCUGGUGGCAAUGAGCCACUUCCUCCAGGAUCGCGACGGCGCCGACGCCGUCAUGUUCCAGGCAUUGUGCAACGAGAUCAGCGAAGCGCUAACCGCCGGCAUCAGCGCCGGUGACGUUACCAUCUGCAAGCACUGGGGUGACUCGCCCGACCUGGUGGCGCGCAACCUGAUCACCCGCUACGUGCGAACCCUGAUGUCCAACGGCCUGUUCCAGUAUCGCAACAUCAACUUCAGGGAUCCGGAGACGAACCGCGCACGGCGACGGCGGGUCUUCGGCCUGAACCGGGAACAUCCGGUGGUGAGCGCCGCGCUGGCAGCGCGGCUCGGGCCAUCCUAUGAGCCGCCGGCCGACGAAAUGACCGCCACCAACGACGCCAUCGCCGCGCCGCCGGUGGACGAUCACGGCUCCGCGGAGGCGGACCGCGCGGAAACGGCUGAAGAGGCGGAAGUAAUCGCCUUCAGCUGA